CGGUAGCUUUGACGGGCUCAGCUGUGUUUCAACCACACCACACACCACCCACAGCAGCCCGAUCGACCGACCGUCUGACCGGCCGACCACCCGCCCGCAUACAUGUCGGCGUCCAACUGCCUGAGGUGCCUCGUGCGCCCCUCGGCCGUGGCCCUGGUCCCCCGCCAGAUGCUCCAGGUCGGCGGUGGCAGCCUCACCUUCACAGCGACCGCCGCCACCAAGGGCGCUUCCACCGCCAACACGGGAGGCCGACAGAACGCCAACCGCCCCCAGAAGCUGCGCUUCAAGAAGACCAAAAAGAAGAACGUGGUAUCCUCGGGCAAGCCGCCUCAGCCCGGCGAGCGCAAGGCCUACCGCAAGAAGAUUGUGCUCAGCAACAACAACGCCCUGCCCGUGCCCGGCCUCGAGACCCUGCGCCCCAACGACCUGGCCAAGCAGGACAAUGUCGGCUCCGUCAAGGCCCUGCCCGAGGAUGUGGUUGAUGCCCUGCGCGCCAUGGAGGCCUUCAAGCCCACGCAGUGCUGGGGCAUCUUCCGCCAGCCCUCGGUGCUCAUCCGCCAGGAGACGGUCGACCUAACCAAGAAGAUGAAGGCGGCCGGCGCCGACGGCAAGACAAUCCGCAUGGUCAUUGAGGGCAACAGGAUAACGGGCAAGAGCUUGCUGCUGCUGCAGGCCAUGACGCAUGCGUUUAUGAACGACUGGGUGGUGUUGCACAUUCCCGAGGCCCAAGAACUAACCACCGCCGUCACCGAAUAUGCGCCCAUUGAAAACUCGCCGCUCUGGACACAACCCACCUACACGCUCAAGCUCCUGCAAUCCUUCAAGCGCGCCAACGAAAAGGUCCUGUCGCGCAUGAACACAGUCUACUCGCACGCCGACCUCCCGCAAAUCAUCCCCGUCAACUCGCCCCUGCUGCAGCUCAUCAACAGCGCCAAGGAAGCCGACGGCGCCUGGACCGUCUUCCAGGCUCUCUGGCGCGAACUCAACGCCGAGAACGUGCCCGGCCGCCCGCCCAUCCUGUUCUCGCUCGACGGCCUCGCCCACAUCAUGAAGGUGUCGGACUACCGCAACCCGGCCUUUGAGCUGAUCCACUCGCACGACUUGGCUUUGGUGAAACUCUUCACCGACUGCUUGUCAGGUGCCCACGUGAUGCCCAACGGCGGUGCUGUUCUCGGCGCUACGACGCGCGGAAACUCGCCGAGGAGCGCGAGUAUGGAGUUGGCGAUUGCGCAGCGCGAGGCGGAGAAGGCGGGCGAAAAGGAGGAGGUGCCGAAGAGGGACCCGUAUAGCAAGAAGUACGAUGAUCGCGUGGAGGCGGUCAUGAAGAGCGUGGAGAUUCUGAGGCUCAAGGGCGUGAGCAAGGUGGAGGCGCGCGGUCUGUUGGAGUACUGGGCUGCGAGUGGCAUGUUGAAGAAGAGGGUGGAUGAGAGCAUGGUGAGUGAGAAGUGGACGUUGAGCGGGAAUGGCGUGGUGGGCGAGAUGGAGAGGGCUUCGCUUUUGACUAUGAAGGCUUGAGUCAGGUAUGAGGUCCGUGGGGUUCAGGAAUGGGAGGGAUGGGGAGUAUAUGUGUGUGUACGUGUCAUAGAUGGGUAUGAUGAACUCUUUGUAACUCUAGAAAAUAGGGGUUAGUUAGAUUGGUGUGUGGGAUUGAAAAUAUCAGCCUGUAUUUUUAGUAAGAGAUUUAGAGGGUUUAUAUGACUGACAUCUGGUAGAUUUGUUGUGAUGAAAUGAAAUGUGGGCGAUGCUUCUUG